GAGCAAUGGAACAGGCCAAAACAGGGUCACGAAAAACGUUCUUAGAAAGGGGAUUAAAUAAAGUGUGAACCUACGUUUCCUAUAGGAAAGUUACUCACGUGUGAUAUGUAGUUGUCAAAAUUAGAGCUCAACGGGAUGGUUAGAUAUUAUUUAAUAUAAUAUUAUAAGUUUUGCAAAGACAGCUGCUGGUAUAUUCUUCAUUUUUUAUAAGAGCACAUCUAGUUGGUUUAACGAGUUAUUGUAAUAAUUUGUGGAUUAGUUCUUUUAAUAUGGCUACAGCCAGAAGUCGUCUGUAUCAGACGGGGAGAACGGUUCUUAAUCUUGGGAAAAGAGCAAAUUUUAAAGCACCAUGUCCGCCUUUUGCUUAUUGUAGGUUCUCUACUGAUGUUCUUGACAAAAACAAUACUUGCAGAACUUCCCCCUGGCACCUUCAUGGAGCUGUGUGCUUGCAGAGGGCAGCUAUGGUCUCAAAGCAGAAGACUCCACUGGAAGAAGAGGUUGAACGUUUGAUGUGGCAGAUGGAAAUGGAAAAAAGUCUUUACUCUGACCAUGAAAUCCGUCUGUUUGAAGAUGCAGAGAGGAUGAGGAGGAAACAAGAAGAUGAUUAUGAAACUGAUGAUGAGGAUAUGGAACAGGAUAUAGUUACUGCCCAUGAUAUGGAAGAUAUGUGGGAGCAGAAACUCAAGCACUUCAAGGCAGCUGAAAUAGUUACAGAAGCAGACAAGAAGAAUGACAGGACAUCACUCAACAGAAAACUGGAUGAGUACCUGAUCCUGCUGGUUAAAGAGAAGGUGGGGAAUAAUGACAUCUGGCUUUUACCACAGGUAGAGUGGCAGCUGGGAGAGACGUUGAGGAAGACUGCAGAACGAGCCCUUUCUACUUUAUCUGGCAACAGUAUCAAGGCCACUUUUCUUGGGAAUGCUCCAUGUGGAUUCUACAAGUACAAAUAUCCCAAGGACAAAAGAACAGAAAGCAGUACUGGAGCCAAAGUAUUUUUCUUUAAGGCACUUCUGCUAGAUGGAGACCUAAAGAAGUUCAAGAAAAAAGAAGACUAUGUUUGGGUUAGGAGAAAUGAACUGAAGGACUAUUUAAAAGCAGAAUACUUGUCUCAGGUCAACAGAUUUUUGAUAGAUCUCUAAAAAUUUUUAGGCAUAAAAAAUGUAUAUCUAGUAACAAGUUUUCAUUAAAAGACACUAUGCACAAAAAUGACUGAUUUGCUGCUGCACAUAUCUUUCAUAUAUGUGUGUACUUAAAUAUCUUUUCACAUAUUAUACAGACAAGGGAACCCAUGACUCAAGAAGAACUAGGGGCUUCUAUGCAAGUGUUAUUAUUCAGUGAUAAGAUCAUUUAGUGUUAGUGGAUCAUUUUGCUGAGUAUUUCAACAGGUCUUGUUCUUUGUGUAAUCAAAAUAUUUUUCCUGGAGCCUCUAUCCAAAUAAAAUUACUGGGUAGACUUCUUGAAGGCUUAUGUGAAGCCAAGGCGCUAGAGUGUUGUUUCGUAUUUGAGCUACUGUUUGUUACUUUUGCUGUUUAUUAUUAAAACUCUUUUUGGACCAUA